CAGCGGGAACACGAGAGGUGUGGUUUAGUGUUAGUCAGCCGCACGCAUCAGGUAUGCGCGCCUCACUAUAAAAGCCGGCAAAACUGAGAGGAGAGCAGCAAGUCAGGGCACCGGCACCCCCCCGCCAGCGUCAUCAACCAUCCAGAAGACUUCAAAGAAAAGAAAAAAAAAAAAAAGAUCCAUCCACCAUGCUGAGACCGUGCGUGAUGCUCGGCGCGCUCCUCGUGUGCUUGUUGGCGUUCUGGAGCAGCUUCGCCGACGCUUACCCGCCCAAACCCGAGAGCCCCGGCAGCAACGCCUCCCCCGAGGACUGGGCCAAGUACCACGCUGCCGUCAGGCAUUAUGUCAACCUCAUCACCAGGCAGAGAUAUGGGAAGAGGUCCUCCCCUGAGCAGGCCAUGGCAUGGCUGCUGUACGGUGCUGAGCCAAGUGAAGACGCCGAUCCACGUUUGGACUAUAACAGCGGGUGGUAAUCGACUCAAAGGGUGGCCUUUCCUCAUAAAAAAAAUUAAAAUAUAAGGAAAAAAUCCGACAACAAUCAACAACACCUGGAUUUUCUGGAGGGGGGCAGCCCGCAUCAAAAUAAUCCAUUUGAAUUUCUUAAUAUGCAUGCAUGUUUCUCGCUUUGUCUGUCUGCAAUACUUCUCUUUGUAUACCUCUUUGUCUUCUGGCCAACAAUGUAAAUAAUUUGUAUG